UCCUCCCUCCCCUGCUCGGCCAGUCGCGAGCCAAGGCGCGUGGAGCUGCAGUGUCUGCACGAGAGUCCCCGGGGAGGCAUCGUGGCCCGGGAGGCGGCUGUCCCAGCGCAGGUGGACGCCGCCCGUCGGGCCCUCCAACCGCCGCCCCUCCCCCCGGGGGUCCCGAGCUAGCCGAUGGGAGGCUCGGCUCGCGGGCCCGGGCGGAAGGAUGCGGGGCCGCCUGGAGCCGGACUGCCGCCCCAGCAGCGGAGGCGCAGUGUUAAAGAAGAGACGAUCCUUAAUUAUUUAGCAUUUAGCGUCCACCAUCCACCAGAAAAUGGAGUGGAUAAAAAGAAGUGAAAUUUAGUACAUUUUGUGAUUUAGAGGAUUUUUUUGCUGUGUUUUUCUACAAGUUAAGUAGAUGCUACAUAGAUUGGGGGAUGGUGUCUAUGAUACCUUCAUGAUGAUAGAUGAAACCAAAUGCCCACCCUGUUCAAAUGUUCUCUGCAAUCCUUCUGAGCCACCUCUACCCAGAAGACUAAAUAUCACCACUGAGCAGUUAACAAGAGAGAAUACCCAGCGCUUUCUGAAUGGAGGUGAAAUGAAGGUAGAAGAGCUGUUUCAAGAAUUUGGCAACCGAAGAUCUGACACUUUCCAGUCAGAUGGCAUUCACGACUCGGAAAAGGGCUCUCCUGUUUCUCAGGGUAAAAGUUCAGACAGCCUGAAUACGGUCAAAUCCGGCAGUUCACCCAAAGCUUCCCGAGUGGUGCCCCUGACCCCGGAGCAGGCACUGAAGCAAUACAAGCACCUGCUCACCGGCUACGAGAAGCUGGAAAUCCUCAAUUAUCCAGAAAUUUACUUUGUGGGUCCAAAUGCCAAAAAAAGACAUGGAGUCCUUGGUGGUCCCAAUAAUGGGGGGUAUGACGAUGCAGAAGGGGCCUAUAUUCAUGUACCUCGAGACCACCUCGCUUAUCGAUACGAGGUGCUGAAAAUUAUUGGCAAGGGGAGUUUUGGACAGGUAGCCCGGGUCUAUGAUCACAAACUUCGACAGUACGUGGCCCUGAAGAUGGUGCGCAAUGAGAAGCGUUUCCAUCGGCAAGCCACCGAGGAGAUCCGGAUUCUGGAGCACCUCAGGAAGCAGGAUAAAACCGGCAGCAUGAAUGUUAUCCACAUGCUGGAGAGCUUCACGUUCCGGAACCACGUCUGCAUGGCCUUCGAAUUGCUGAGCAUAGACCUGUACGAGCUCAUCAAAAAAAACAAGUUCCAGGGCUUUAGCGUCCAGCUCGUGCGAAAGUUUGCCCAGUCCAUUUUGCAAUCCUUGGACGCGCUCCACAAAAAUAAGAUCAUUCACUGUGACCUGAAGCCCGAAAACAUUCUCCUGAAACACCACGGGCGCAGCGCGACCAAGGUCAUUGACUUCGGGUCCAGCUGUUUCGAGUACCAGAAGCUUUACACGUAUAUCCAGUCCCGCUUCUACAGAGCCCCAGAGAUCAUCCUAGGAGGCCGCUACAGCACGCCUAUCGACAUGUGGAGCUUUGGCUGCAUCCUUGCAGAACUUCUCACAGGACAGCCCCUCUUCCCCGGGGAGGACGAAGGGGACCAGCUGGCUUGUAUGAUGGAGCUGCUGGGGAUGCCGCCCCCCAAACUUCUGGAGCAGUCCAAACGGGCCAAGUACUUUAUCAACUCCAAGGGCCUCCCUCGCUACUGCUCCGUGACGACGCAGGCAGAUGGGAGGGUGGUGCUUGGGGUGGGUCGCUCACGCAGGGGUAAAAAGCGGGGUCCCCCAGGCAGCAAAGACUGGGUGACAGCACUGAAAGGGUGUGAUGACUACUUGUUUAUAGAGUUUUUGAAAAGGUGUCUUCAGUGGGACCCCACUGCCCGCCUGACCCCCGCUCAAGCGUUAAGACACCCUUGGAUUAGCAAGUCUGUACCCAAACCUCUCACGGUGGAGAAGGUGUCAGGGAAACGGGUAGUAAAUUCUGCAAAUGCUUUCCAGGGCCUGGGUUCCAAGCUGCCUCCGGUGGUUGGCAUAGCCAAUAAGCUUAAAGCUAACUUGAUGUCAGAAACCAAUGGUGGUAUACCUCUGUGCAGUGUGUUGCCAAAACUGAUUAGCUAAUGGACAGUGAUAUGCUCAGAGAUGCACAUGUAUGUAUUUUUAACUAUCUUGCAAACCUAAAAAAAAUGGGGGAAAAAUACAAGCCAUUGGUGGAUAUGUUUUUCUUAGACUAGAUUUCUUUUUUUUUUUAACAAGGCAAAGCAUUUUUAUAUAACUAAAAAGAACUCUUCAAGGGCUAAUUACCUAACCAGCUUGUAUUGGCCAUCCUGGAAUAUACAUUAAAUGACUUUUUAUAGGUCAA